GAAUAUAAAACACCUGAUUGGAGUUGUUUGUAUAGACGUUUGAGUGAAAAAGAUCAGCAUUCGAUGAGAUAUUUAUCCCCGAAUUCGUCUCCAAAAGUCAAUAUUGAACUUUGUCAUUUGGCUCGUGUUCACUUUUCAUUUUGGAGGGAUAUUUAACACAUGUUGCAAUGUAGAUAUCAAUUUGCAAAUAAAUAAUUAAUAUAUUCUGCAAAACUGUAAACAAAACAAUUCUGUUCGGAGACGAAGUGAAAUAUUUCGAAAAUGGAGAUAUGGAUAAUGGUCCUAUUUUUUCCGCUGCAUUUCACUUUCGGACAAAUUGUGGAAUACAGUGUACCAGAAGAAAAGGCACCUAACACUUACAUAGGGAACGUAGAACAGGAUGCCAAUAUCUCUCUACUAGCCCAGCCCGAUGAUUUAAUGAACAUGGAAUACCGCAUUUUAUCUCAGUCCAACCCCAAUGCAGGAUUAUUUUCCAUAAAGGAGGACGCCACCCUCUACACGGCCAAACAGAUAGACAGGGAGACCGUUUGCAAAUUUGAAGACAUUUGCAUCUUAAGAGUGGACGUAAUCGCGAGAUCAUCAUCUGGAAAUUUUUAUCAGAAAAUUCAGCUCAACCUUCAGAUCUUGGACAUUAACGACAAUUAUCCAAAAUUCUCAAGAGGCAGCAUUGACGUGGAAUUGUCCGAGGGUUCGUCAGUCGGCACAUCUGUGCAGAUCGAGGGUGCAAUCGAUGCCGACACUGGCGUAUACUCCGUGCAGGAUUACGUUAUUUCGCCCACUGAUAGUCCAUUCGAUGUCCACUUUCAGAAAAACGUAGACGGUAGCUCCAUUGCGAAGUUAGUACUGAGGGAAACGCUGAACCGAGAGGAUAGGGAGUAUUACCUCAUCCAGGUUCUGGCUCAAGAUGGCGGAAACCCUCCACGGUCAGGCGUCCUCAACGUCAACAUAUACGUCACAGACGUCAACGAUAACUCCCCCGUUUUUAUCACCUCUAACCUAAAUGUUACCAUUGACGAAGAUGCUGCCAUAAAUUCAACUAUUACUGUCAUUCGGGCGACGGAUGCAGACAAGGGAAACAACUCAUUAGUCAUGUACAGCAUAAGUGAACACCAAGAUGCCCGUAUCCAAACUCUUUUUGGAGUUGAGCAUUACACAGGUCGUCUUCUGCUGAAAGAAUCGCUGAUUUAUGAACCUGGGGAAAGUUAUAAGAUUAUCAUUGAAGCUAGUGAUAGUGCAAAGCAACCGAGGAUUUCUCAGACUCAAGUGACGGUUAACGUUAAUGAUACUCACAAUAACCCACCUCAGAUUACUGUAGACCCCCUUUCGAACAGCGCUGAUGCGGAAAUUUCGGAAAAUGCCAAACUCGGUGCACCGGUAGCACACAUUACUGUUUUCGACCCAGAUACAGGGUAUAACGGUCGAGUGAAUUGUUCUGUUGAUGACGCCGCUUUUGCUGUUCAAAAAUUUGGUCAGACAAACAAUUAUAAAGUGGAAUAUAAAGUUGUCGUGAUACAGGCUUUGGAUCGGGAAGUGUUGGGAGUAUACAGAGUUACCGUUCUUUGUGAGGAUGAAGGUCAUCCUAAACUUAAUGCAUCCGCAACUUUCCAUGUGCGUUUGAUUGACGAAAACGACAACUAUCCAAUCUUUAGUCAUCAGAAAUACAGGGUAAGCAAAGCUGAGAACAACAUGAUUGGCGACGUGCUCUUACAAGUGACAGCGACAGAUAAAGAUUCAAGUGACAAUUCUCAAAUUAGAUACAUAUUGCAAUCAUCUUCUGAUAAUUUUCAAAUAAAUUCCGUCACUGGACAAAUCAAAACUAACUUUCGUAUGGAUAGAGAAACAGCUGGUGAACACAAACUAACGGUGUAUGCAGUGGACCAAGGUGUGGAUCCAAAAACUGGGUCGGCGGAAAUAACCGUCCAGGUGACAGACCUUAAUGAUAAUGCUCCAGUUUUUGAAAAUGAUAAUUUGGAUUUUAAUGUGCCAGAAAACUUUGGACGUAAUGUCACAGUAGGGGUAUUGCUGGCAUCCGACAGAGACAGUGGUGAAAAUAAGCGAGUAUCAUUUUCCAUAGACCCCCAGUCAAAGCCUGAUCUCCCGUUUGAAGUCUUCUCCAAUGGCUCUAUAAUUGCUGUGAACAACCUGGAUCGAGAGGAUCAGUCUAUCUAUACAUUCGGGGUGAUUGCAGAAGAUCGUGGUGUUCCCUCCCAAUCCACCCGGGCUGAUGUGACCGUUCAUGUCCUAGAUAUGAACGACAACGCCCCAGUAUUUAUAUUCCCCUCGGCCAACAAUAAUACGGUUACUAUCUCCUACCAGACCCAACCCAACCAGGUUAUUGCGCGCCUGAAGACAACAGAUUCAGACGAAGAGCUAAAUUCUAAGGUCACAUACUUUACACCCAAUAAGAAUCUCUCUCAUUUGUUUCAAAUCAAUAGCCUUUCUGGAAGGGUUAUUUUGACCAGAGUUCUCACAGAAGCCGAUGUCGCUUCCUACACCAUGAUAGUGUAUGCUCAGGACAAGGGAACCCCUCCAAAAAUUACAGACGCCUUCCUGACAAUUGUCAUAAGCAACAUACCCCUUGACGGAGCUCAAGUAUCCCCUGUGGAGGAAGAACACAAAUUUUACCUCAUUGCUAUUGCUAUCACCUGUGUUACGGGAGUGAUAGCAGUAGUAAUCAUUUUGACAAUUUGUUUAAUUAAACGUGCAGAUCGCCUUAAAAUGAAAUAUCAACAAUCUAAUAAUGAGUGCGAAGUGAAUCAUGGUUACGAGUCUAGGAAAAAGGUCAGCUUCUCGGUGGAUAUUCCGGAUUCUCCAAAAGUUGUUACUCACGUGACGUCGAAUCAACUUUAUUCUGCUUUAGCUGACCAGGUACCUGGGAGCGCUUCCAGUCGUUUGAACUACCAGCCUCGAUACCAUAAUGAAAAGCAUGAUAGACAACGAAGACAAAAUACUCCCAAUGCUUGUAAGGCUUCACACUACGUCAGCCAUGAUGUUGACACCAACAGUAACCACUCAGCUGACUCAGCAACAAGUGACAGCGGGAGGGGCGGAAGUGACGACAUGAAUACCAGUUCCAUGUUCCCGAGCUCUCUAGAUUUUGAUCAUGACAGCAGAUCAACUAGAAGCAACAGAGACUUUCGUCUAACUUUGCCUCAUUAUGAAAGAGAUAAAUCACAAACUCAAACAGUGCAUUCUAGUGAUUUUUUCAACUUAGACUUUUCAUACAACAGUAGUCCCAAUCCAAAUUUAAACAUCAUUUAUCCACAUGGACUGGUUCCCUAUAACAGUACUGGAAACGACGAUAGCACUACAACAUCUGGUAGCUAUGUUCUUGAUCCGGAAGAAGAAAUCAACGAGAUCAUUCAACCAAGCAACAGAUGCAUUGUUUGAGCAAUAAUUCGAUAAUCAAAGUGAAUAAUUAAUUACACAUUAGGGAGGGCAAAGAAAAUUGUGAAAUAAAAAUGUGUCCGGCCCAAGGACUUUUUCAAAGUGCCGUUAAUGAAAAAGAUGUUCAGUUGGAACUGAUAAAAGGUGAGAAAUUUCGCAGAUUCAUAAAAACUGGUUUAAUUCUACAUCAAACAAACGCGAGAGAACAUGCAAGAUAUGUUGUGUGACUAAAUGAGAUGGGACAGUGUUGAAGAAAGAACAAAUUGUUUUCACAACGCUGAACAGUUUCUAAAGUGAAAACCAUUUAUCUGCUUGAUGUUUAAAAACCCCUAUUUACUCUUUUCAGACAAAUUAUACUAUAGUGUCCCAACUGAAGAAUGUGCCAAAACUGACUUAAUACCAAAGAAAUACUCUGGUUUUGUUACUUUGUUUAACAUUAAACAUGUGAAAUUCAAA